AUGCCAACGCCAUCGCAGUUUCCAGCGCUGCAGUCAUCUGAGAUACAGGACCGGCUCCGGUUGGCGAAGACGCAGUUUGACGAAAAUGUGGAGACGCUGCGCGAGGAGUUUGAGCGCGUGCUCUCACAGGCGCAUGAGUGCGCGAGGUUCUUUGACACUGCUGCUCGCGAUGCCCUCAGCGCCAACGUGGAUGACCCUUCUUUCGGUACAUCCGUUCGAAACUAUGGCGAUGCGAAUGUGAACGAUGCGUCUCACAAAGUGGCUUGCCCAGGAUGGUGUGCAGCAUAG